UUCCCUGGGUUCCGAGGCGGCGGCGACCGCGGCUGAGGAGGCGGAGGCGGCGACGGCAGCCACGGACUGGCGGGCGGGGCCGAAUCCGGUUCGGUCGGUGGCGCGCCUGCGAAGGCGGCGAGCGCUCAGGCAGCAGCUGUCGCCGUCGUAGUAGCUGUCACCGUCACCGCCGCCUCCUCCGCCCCGUCCGGACCCGACUAGGGCCGGGCCCGCUUGUCCGCCGCCAUGCCGGGCAUCGACAAGCUGCCCAUCGAGGAGACCCUGGAAGACAGCCCGCAGACCCGGUCCCUGCUGGGGGUAUUUGAAGAAGAUGCUGCAGCUAUUUCCAAUUACAUGAAUCAGUUAUAUCAAGCCAUGCGUCGUAUCUAUGAUGCCCAGAAUGAAUUAAGUGCAGCAACACACCUGACAUCAAAGCUUCUAAAAGAAUAUGAGAAACAGCGUUUUCCACUAGGAGGUGAUGAUGAAGUAAUGAGCUCUACUUUGCAGCAAUUUUCAAAAGUGAUUGAUGAGCUAAGUUCUUGUCAUGCAGUACUUUCAACUCAACUUGCUGAUGCCAUGAUGUUUCCCAUUUCUCAGUUUAAAGAAAGGGAUCUAAAAGAAAUAUUAACAUUAAAGGAAGUGUUUCAAAUUGCCAGCAAUGAUCAUGAUGCUGCAAUUAAUAGAUAUAGUCGACUGUCAAAAAAAAGAGAAAACGAUAAGGUGAAGUAUGAAGUUACUGAAGAUGUUUAUACUUCCAGAAAAAAACAGCACCAGACCAUGAUGCAUUAUUUCUGUGCAUUAAAUACUCUUCAGUAUAAGAAGAAAAUAGCCAUGCUAGAGCCCCUGCUUGGAUACAUGCAAGCUCAGAUAAGUUUCUUCAAGAUGGGUUCUGAAAAUCUCAAUGAACAGCUAGAGGAAUUUUUAGCAAACAUUGGAACAAGUGUACAGAAUGUUCGCAGGGAAAUGGACUGUGAGGUGGAGACUAUGCAGCAGACAAUAGAGGAUUUGGAAGUAGCCAGUGACCCAUUAUAUUUGCCUGAUCCAGACAUCAGCAGAUUUCCCGUUCAUCGCAAUUUAACCCGCAAGGCUGGAUAUCUCAAUGCUAGGAAUAAGACUGGCCUCGUGUCCUCUACCUGGGACAGACAAUUUUACUUUACUCAAGGUGGAAAUCUGAUGAAUCAGGCCCGGGGUGAUGUAGCGGGAGGCCUGGCCAUGGAUAUAGACAAUUGUUCUGUAAUGGCUGUUGACUGUGAAGAUAGACGAUACUGUUUCCAGAUCACAUCUUUUGAUGGCAAAAAAUCUUCAAUUUUGCAAGCAGAAAGUAAAAAAGACUAUGAAGAGUGGAUUUGUACAAUAAACAAUAUCUCCAAACAGAUAUAUUUAAGUGAAAACCCAGAGGAAAUUGCUGCAAGAGUAAAUCAGUCAGCUCUAGAAGCAGUCACCCCAUCUCCAUCUUUCCAGCAGAGGCAUGAGAGCUUGCGGCCAACCCCACAAACACGACCACCCACAGCUCGAACUAGUAGUUCUGGGUCUCUUGGCUCCGAGUCAACAACUUUGGCGACCCUUUCUCUGGAUUCCCUCGUUGCUCCAGACACACCUAUACAGUUUGACAUCAUUUCUCCUGUUAGUGAAGAUCAGCCUGGUCAGGGUAAAACUUCUGGACAGGGAGGCAAACGUACAAAUCCAUUUGGAGAAUCUGAAGGAGGAAAAACAAAGCCUGAAACUGAAGAUUCCAUUCUUCAUCAGUUAUUUAUUGUCCGCUUCCUUGGUUCUAUGGAGGUAAAAUCAGACGAUAGUCCAGAUGUUGUUUAUGAAACAAUGCGCCAAAUCCUAGCCGCUCGCGCCAUCCAUAACAUUUUCCGCAUGACAGAAUCACACUUAUUAGUUACUUGUGAUUGUUUAAAGUUAAUUGACCCACAGACACAAGUUACAAGGCUCAGAUUUCCAUUGCCCAGUGUGGUCCUGUAUGCUACACAUCAGGAAAGUAAACGUCUUUUUGGAUUUGUGCUUCGGACAUCAGGGGGCCGAGUCGAGAGUCAUCCCACGUCAGUCUGCUACAUAUUUGAAUCAAACAACGAAGGAGAAAAGAUUUGUGAUUCUGUUGGACUUGCAAAACAGAUCGCUUUGCAUGCUGAAUUGGAUCGUAGAGCAUCAGAGAAACAAAAAGAAAUAGAGAGAGUGAAAGAGAAACAACAGAAGGAACUGAAUAAGCAGAAACAGAUUGAAAAGGAUUUAGAGGAACAAAGUCGAUUAAUAGCUGCCUCCAGUAGACCGAACCAGACGAGUGGGGAAGGACAGUUUGUGGUCCUUAGCAGUAGCCAGUCUGAAGAGAGUGAUUUGGGAGAAGAUGCAAAGAAGAAGAAAGAAUCAGAAGCAUGAGAGGCAAUCUUUAUGGCCUUGAGGGGGAGUUCUUUAAAAACAAGAAACAGAGGAAGGCUUUAGCAAGAAGGGCAUAUUCUGCAUAAGCUGGUAAACAUACAUGGUAAAGAAAAGACUUUUUAUUCCUGAUUCAGGAUGACUUUGAUUUGGGGAGAGUAAAAUGAGGAAGGUAGGCAAUUUUCCUGUUUUUCUUAGUCCCUACAAUAUGGCUUUACUUUUGUUUUGAAGUAUUGUCAAUUCUAUAGUAGCAAACCCAUAUCUAAAUGUAAAUUUAAAAAUCCUAAAGCUGAAUAAAAAUUAUUUUUUAAUUUAGUUGCUAUCCUGGAUAAUUCCAGCCUAUGCUCCCCUGUAGGUAACUGAUAGUUAACUAUAUAUGUUUAUUUCUGAUUACUAAUUCAGACUCUCAUUUCUUCUUGCCUACACUUGCCUUUUUUUUCUUGAUUUCUUUGUCUCCAUUCAGUCCCCUCUUCAAACUGUCAUUCAUACUGUGGUCCUGGAAGUCUUAAUGGACUGAGCUGAUCACAUCACUCUUCUGCAUCUAGACUUGCCCAUUGCCUCCCAAGUCAAGUGUAGACUACCAAUCUUGGCAUUCAAGGCCCUUCACGAUCUGGUUCUAGCCAGAUCACAUACUAUUCCUCAGUUUUCUAUAUUCACCAUUCUAGUCAAAGUAGACUACUAUUCUCUACCUCUAGGUCUCCCAGUCUGCUCCCAUCCACUGCCCCCAGCCAAUCUGUAUAUUGAAGUUCUCCUCCCCCGGCCCCUGCAACUGAAAGUCAAUGAGAUGUUCUCUCUGUUCAUGGUGCUCCUGGCACUUUCCCUGGAGCCCUGACCCCAGCAGUGGUCAGUCUCUCCUAUCCCACUUGUGUGCCUUCCCGCUCACAGCACACAAGGAGGUAGGUUUGGUCUUCGGUCCUCAGCCCCAUAGGGGCCUUGCAUGGAGCAGGGGCUUAAUAUCUGUUUCUUGAACCCCAGUGAGAACAGAAGUGGGAUAUUUAAGGUAUCCCCCCCCCCAGGUUAAAGAUGGAAGCAGCACAAUCUGCAGCUCAAAGAAAUGCACACAGUAGGUCAGCAGACAAUUUCUUAGUCCCAGGCCGCCACCAUCCAUACACACCUAGCCAGCUGUCACGUUUUCGUUUCUGCUCUUGAUUGUCAGAUACUAAAAUUGGACAUGUUGACAUUUUAAAAAGUGCCUGAAGUCAGUGUUCUGGAACAACUCCCGUUUUGUGGAGUUUCACACUAGAACCACAAAAUGUUAUUAGUUUUUUGAAUUGUAUUGACCGAGUAAAAGGGACAAAGAACAAAGGGAAGAGAUGACUGACUGAGAAAUAAACAUAAUGCCAAUUGAGAGUUUCCAUUUAACCAAGAAGUCAACCCUUCUACACAUUUUGGAGUUAAAGAAAAUGUAGGCAUUUUAUAGGAAUAGCUUUUCUUUUGCAUUCUCAACAGCUGAAGCAUCUGUUUGAUGCCAGAGCCUUGAGUCAUCUCAUUGACUUUAUUUUUAUUCUUGUUUCAUUUGAUAGCUCAGCAUUGAUCUGCUGUGCUGCAGGAGGUCAAAAGAGCCCCUCCAAUGGGGAGCAUUUCAUUGGAGAAAUGGUGGCUCGCCUUACGGCUAUGAGAUUUAAUCCUCCUUCCCAGGGAAUUAAAGAUUCGGUUAUUAAGGAGCAUCUGUGGGAAAUCAGAAUUUCAUUACAUUUUAAGCCAUCCCUUGUGAUUGUCCAAGAGCUAACAUGAGAAAAGGUCCAUGUACAAAAAUGACUACUUUUUGUAGUAUGUUCAGGUGAUUUUGUAACAGGACACGGGCAGAUCUUUGUAUUACUAGAUUGAUUCUUUUAUUGGUGUUUUCAACAAUUAAAAGUCAUGCAAAAUUUUCCCUUUAGAAUUGGAAUUGUAUAUAAGACAGUGAUGACAUUGGGAGUUUUUUAUAUUGUAAAACUGAACAUGAAAUAUUUGCUGACAGGACCGAAGGUAAUAUGCUAUUUGGAUUUUAAAUGUAUAAUAAAAUAUGUGUUUUAUAUA